CUUUGACGUUUCUUUUUAGGUUAUGUUUUGGAUAACCAAAAUUUUAUAAUUUAAAAUGGAUAAUUCUAGUUCUGAAAGCGAUUUAAUCGAUCAGAUCGAAAACGAUGAGUUUUAUAAAUAUUUUCUAAAAUCUGGCUCGAAGAGCUCUUCUGUAUCGCAAGCGUUGACCAUCUCUGAACAAGUGAAAAAGCUCGGUGAAGGCAUCGAACUAAUAAGUCGUGAAUUGCAAAAGCAAGUUUUAGAAAAACACGACGAUUUAUUAAGACAGGGUAACCAUGCCACAAAGCUUGAGAAUGUUUUGAGUACGAUGAAUGGACACGUUCAGAAUUUAUUUGCUAACGCGGAGAGACUUCGAAAUCAAAUAACAGGACCGUAUAACGCUUUAGAAACACAUACUAAAGUUUUGGGGCGCUUACAUUUAGCUAGCCACAUUUUGAGACAGGUUAAUAGAAUACAGCAACUCAGUAAGAGAUUGUCUAAUACAACUGAUCCAGUCCAAAAAGCAACAAUUUUGCAUGAAUUAGAACAGCUAGCGUCUGAUUCAGAUCUAAAAGACAUUGACGCUGUGACGUCAGAACUAAGAAACAUACGAGCCCAACAGCAGAAGGUGGUUAAAUUAGCAACAGGUUCACUCAGUCAAGGGAUUAUUAAUGAAAAUGUUGGCCAAACUACAACAGCUUUACAGAUUUUUAUCAACCUGGGAAUCAUCAAUAAUACAUUACAAACUACAAUUGAAAAUAGUUUGAGUGAAUGUCGCGAGUGUUUAAAAGCCGCUUUUGACUACAACGCUUUAUCAACUUCUUCUAAAGUAAGCAAAGGUCCAGGUCGCAUAACUCUCACCAGUUCACAGGGCUUCAGAAAUAAAAUUUGGAUUGAAAUAGAAAAAGCAUUUUCUGAAGAGAUUUACCAGAAUUGCAAACAAAUCAAAUUUCUGCAAACCACUGUGAAUAAUUUAAAUGUGCAAAACAUUGACGUUGAUAUCGCCUCAAAAUUUUGGCUCAAGUUAGGCCAAUUAAUCCAACAUGAAAUAAAAAAUUCAUCUUCAGCUGUUCAGCAAAUGUUGGAAGAGGAUUAUCCAAAGUUGCUGAAAUGUUUCUAUGAAAUGCAUGAGAAAUUAAAAUACAAUGAGUUUGUCUUUGAUCGCCAGGUUCUGGACAAAUGCGAAAAUUCGUAUUUAUCUGGUUCACUGAACCGCUUGUUGGAUCCGGCUCAAUCAAUGUUUAAUAACGAAAUUGAAGUCCCGUCUCAUGAUCAAAUAGACUCUUUAAUUAGGAUAAUUACCAGCGAGCUGAGCGUUGCGCUAAUUGAGGACAAUUUGAGCGAAAAGAUAUGCAAAAACGUGUCAAAAUCAAUCAGGAUGUACGCGUUAAAAACGGAGCAGCAGAUAGAAACGGGUCCUGAAGCAGCCCAAGUUAUUGCUGGAAACGCCAACUCUGGUCAACAGAAAAAUGUUCAAUAUGCAAACGCUUUGUAUUAUUUCCAAGUACAAAUACAGAGGAUGUUAUUAAAUAUGAAGGAUAGUCUGCCACAGUCUGGUGGAAAUAUAAUUAAUGAAAGUUUGCAGGUACUUGUAAACUUGGUUGCUGCUAUUCUUCAGCCUAUAGUUGAUUCAAUCAAUUCAACUAUUGAAACAAUCGUAGUUACCAUUCACCUCGAAACAGACUGGGCUAAACUUCAAGUUCCACCAAACAAAAACACAAUCCCUUGCAGCCCUUACAUGCGAGAACUGACCCAAUUCAUCACACGAGUCUAUCACACCUAUCUUUCCAAUUUUAACAACAAAGAAGUAUUAUCAGCCAAAUGCAGUGAUGUAGCCAUCCGUUGUAUUGAACUCUUGGUACGUCAUUCGUCACUCUUGCGCCCACUAUCCCAAGGUGGCCGAGUUCGUUUACAUUCCGACUAUCUGCACCUAGAACACUCGUUAAAAGUAAUUUGUCCGCAUUUGAGUGACUUGGGACGCCCUUAUCGACUUUUGAGGUCAAUGGCGUCUCUAAUAACUCUAACACCGGAAGAAAUAGUCGCCAGUCAAGCUUCCGAAAGCUCGGUACCUCACAGUACAGUUUUAUUGAUGCUGUUUUCGUACGCUGGGAGUGAACUGGCAAGUCCCCACCAAAACACGGCAUGGUCCCUCCCGAAAUUGUCAGUCUGGUUGGAUGAACACCCUUCAGAAGCCGACAGACUAGAUUUAAUAGCAGGGGCCCUACAAAAGUACGAAAAUUUAGUCAGGCAGAAGAAUUCCGUUAAUUACGAUCCUGUGUAUCCUGUGAUGAGCAAGUUUUUGGAAAGUGCAGUGAAGAGUCUUAAAUAAGGUCAUUUUUAGAUGGAGUAUUUCCACUAAGGUUAAGUGCAGUUAUUAAAGAUAAUAAAUUAGUAA